AUAUACACAUUGUACACCACGAAUGGAAGUAGCAUGGGCUCGUUUCGAGAAACAACCACCGAAUAAUUUACGUAAAAGCAAUUUUUUUCAUUUUAUUAUUGCUUUAUAUGAUCAAAAUAGACAUCCAAUUGAAGUAGAACGUGCUGCAUUUAUUGAUUUCGUAGAAAAAGAUAAA